AUGGUCUCCCAACGAGACCGUGAGAUCCUACGCGACGAUCUACGCGCCCGCGGCACAAAACUCAGCGUAGAAGAGCGCGAAACCCUCCUUAAGAGCUAUCUUCCCGACCCUACCGAGCUACGACAAAAACCAGCACCCAAAGCGAUAACCAGCGAGCGCCGCAAGACGCGCAAAACACCGGUCCGCACAUUCGUCAAGUCGCAAAUCUAUUACUUCGCCUAUGCCAUCACACACAUCAUCUUCGGCAUCGUCGUGCGUCUCCUGCAGGCGUACCACGCCGUCGUUGACCGCAUUUUCGCAAUCGUCUAUUACCACCACCGCACCCCCGAGCUGAUUCGGAAAGAUGUGAAGAAUCUAAAGCGCUUGCCGCAGCAUCUGAGUACAAUUCUCAGGCUGCGGAAGGAAGAUGAUGCUCUUGCGGUGUUGAUGGAUGAGGUUGCUGAAUUGGCGGCGUGGAGUUCGUGCUCGGGCAUUUCCCAGCUCAGUGUAUACGAAAAAUCCGGUAUGAACAUCUCCUCCCUAUCGUCCACUAUCCCAAUGUACAGGAUAAUGUACACAGCAAUACUAACCCACUAUCUAGGCAUCCUAAAAUCCUGCAUCCCAGCCCUUCACCAAAUUAUAACUACCAAACUCGCCUCCUACUACGGCACCCCGAGCCAUCAACCCAUUCUGCAAAUCUACGCCCCUCACCACCCAGUGCACCGUAGUGCACCCAUUAAAAAAACCCCCGACACCACAAGCCAACCUCAAACUCUGACCAUCCUCCUCCUCUCCUCAACGGACGGCCGCGAGACCCUUGUCGACCUUACCAAAACCCUGGCGGAGAUGAGCCAGAACGGCAAGCUUUCCCCGGAAGAUAUCACCCCGGAGUUGGUCGACGCUGAGAUCAGCGAGAUCACUACGCAGCCACUGACUAUGGACCCUACGCUAUCGGAUACGGUGCUGAAACCCGAGCCGGAUCUGUUGCUUGUUUUUGGUCCGUUCCUUAAGCUCGAUGGGUAUCCACCGUGGCAGUUGAGGUUGACAGAGAUGUAUUGCACUGGCGGGCGUAGUCAUGGACUGAGUGGGGACGGAGAGGCGGUGGAGUAUCAAGGGUAUAUGCGUGGUCUUUGGCACUUUGCUGGGGCCCAGAUGAGGUUUGGCAGGUAG